AACGCUCUCUUUCUUAGAUCCCUUCUUCCAUUCUUCAUUCGUAAUAUCCCCAGCAUUACCCAGAUACAAACAACAGCAACAACAAAAAUUGAGAGAGAAAUGGCGACAUGGGUAAGCCGAGAUGCGAUAUCGACGAUAUUGGCCAACCCAUCUCCGGAUUCUGCCUCAGGUCUCCCUGAGAUCAUCGUCCAGGUCUUGGAUCUCAAGCUCACCGGCAACCGUUACACGUUUAAUGCAAGUGACGGGAAGAUGAAAGUGAGAGCGAUAUUUCCAUCAAAUGUGUCAUCUGAGAUCACUUCAGGCAGUAUCCAGAACAAGGGUCUUGUCAAAAUUCUCGAUUAUACCGUCAAUGACAUCCCCAACAAGUCAGAAAAGUAUUUAAUUGUAACAAAAUGCGAGGCAGUAUCCCCUGCACUUGAUACAGAAAUCAAGGCUGAAGUCAAAACUGAGGAAUCUGGCAUCGAAUCAAAGAGGCCAAAGCUUGAAAAUGAGGUUAAAACGGAAGGUGCCGGUAUUAUUUUGAAGCCGAAGCAAGAAGUGGUUUCUAAAUCAGCUGCUCAAAUUGUAUAUGAACAGCGUGAAAAUAUGGCUCCAUCGGCCCGGAUGGCAAUGACAAGAAGGGUGCAUCCCCUCGUUUCAUUGAAUCCUUACCAAGGAAAUUGGACAAUUAAAGUUCGUCUUACAAGCAAGGGAAAUAUGCGUACCUACAAGAAUGCUAGAGGAGAAGGUUGUGUUUUCAAUGUGGAGUUGACAGAUGAAGAUGGUACACAAAUACAAGCCACAAUGUUUAAUGAAGCUGCUAGGAAGUUCUAUGAAAAAUUUCAACUGGGGAAAGUCUACUACAUAUCAAAAGGGACGCUGAAAGUUGCAAACAAGCAGUUUAAGACUGUGCAAAAUGAUUAUGAAAUGACGUUGAAUGAGAGUUCUGUGGUGGAAGAGGCUGUUAAUGAAGAAACGUUUAUUCCUGAAACUAAAUUCAACUUUAUCCCUAUUGAUCAGUUGGGUCCUUAUGUCAAUGGAAGGGAACUUGUUGAUAUCAUUGGGGUUGUUCAAAGUGUUACUUCUGUAUCAAAUAUUAAAAGGAAGAUUGACAAUGAGAAUAUCUCAAAGCGAGAUAUGACUGUUGCAGAUGAGUCGAAGAAGACAGUGGUAGUUUCUCUGUGGAAUGAGCUUGCAAAUAAUGUAGGCCAGGAAUUGUUUGACAUUGCCGAUAAAUCCCCUAUAGUUGCAAUUAAAUCACUCAAAGUUAGUGAUUUUCAAGGUGUAUCUUUGUCAACAUUGGGCAAAAGCUCAGUGUUGAUUAAUCCAGAUAUACCUGAAGCAAAGAAGUUGAGAUCUUGGUAUGAUUCUGAGGGGAGAGGGAGUACCAUGGCCUCUAUUGGCUCAGGUUUAAGUCCUUCAUCCAAGAGUGGAGCAAGGUCUAUGUACACAGAUAGGGUUCCCCUUUCUCAUAUUACUGGCAACCCAUCUUUGGGUGAGGAAAAGCCUGCAUUUUUCAGCAUUAAAGCAUUUAUCAGCUUGAUCAGGCCUGAACAGGCAAUGUGGUACCAUGCUUGCAAAUCUUGCAACAAGAAAGUAACUGAAGCUGUUGGAUCUGGUUAUUGGUGUGAAGGAUGCCAGAAAAAUGAUGAAGAAUGCAGUUUAAGAUACAUAAUGGUGUCGAAGAUCUCUGAUGCAAGUGGUGAAGCUUGGGUUUCUGCCUUCAAUGAAGAAGCAGAGAGGAUUGUUGGAUGCCCUGCUGAUGAGCUUGAUAAACUAAAAUCCAAGGAAGGAGAAAUGAAUGCAUACCAACAAAAGUUGAAGGAAGCUACUUGGGUUCCUCAUCUUUUUCGAGUCAGCGUUACUCAGAAUGAGUAUAACAAUGAGAAGAGGCAAAGGAUAACAGUCAGGGCUGUUGCUCCUAUCGACUUUGCUGAGGAGUCCAGAUUUUUGCUUGAAGAGAUCAAGAGGAUGAGAAAUUCUCAGUAGUUAUAUUCUGUUUUUAAAGAAUGAUCUAGGCAACGUAAUGUGAAUUCACUCCAUGGAUUAAGAUUUCAGUUUUUGUUUGUAAAUGACGGAUUAAGGGGUUAUAACUAAUUUAGAUUGUGACUUCAUUCUAACCCAUGUUUGUAAUAUGCUUUUUAGCUAACCGUUUAGAAAUUUUUUGUUGCAUUGCU